AUGGCGUUGGAUAUAAGUAAAGAUAAUCUGGUCAAGUUUCAGGCAGUCAAGUCGUUUAGAGUUCCUGAGAACGAGAUAUCUCCCAUAACGUCGUUGAGUUACGACGAUCACGGCCAGUAUCUGCUGACAUCGUCAGCUAGCGAUAAUAUGCAUCUGUAUGAUGCGGUGAGCUGCAGAUUCCUGAAUACCAUUGCUUCCAAGAAAUAUGGAUGCCAUUCAGCUAAGUUCACGCACGCGCAAUCCGAAUGUGUCUACUCAUCGACGAUGAAGAGCUUCGAUAUAAGGCAUUUGAACCUGGAGACCAACCAGUAUUUGAGGUACUUCACUGGCCAUGGGGCGCUGGUGAGUGACAUUCAGGUUUCGCCGCUCAAUGACACGUUUCUGUCGGCAUCGUACGACGAGUCGGUGAGACUUUGGGACUUGCGGGCAUCGAAGUCGCAGGCAAUCGUUCCUAGCUUGGUGCCCAGCUGCAUUGCCUACGAUCCAAGCGGUUUGGUGUUUGCCCUUGGGAACCCAGAAAACAACGAAUUGGGAUUAUAUAACUUGAAGCAGCUGAAAAGCGGACCGUUUUUAGUGGUGAAGGUGAAGCCGGGGUUCACUCAAUGGAACAAACUGGAGUUCUCAAAUGAUGGGAAGUAUCUAUUACUGGGUUCUUCCGCUGGACGGCAGAUAAUAUUAGAUGCCUUUGAUGGAUCGCAGCUCUUUGAGCUGACAGGAACGAAGGCAUUCCCGCUGAGGGAGUUUAUGGAUUCCGGAUCAGCAUGUUUUACGCCUGACGGAAGAUUCACUCUGGGCGCAGACUACGAUGGCAGGAUUGCGGUGUGGAGCCAUUCCGAUUCCAUAAGCAGCAAGACGCUUAAACCCGUUGGAUUCAUUCCUGCAGCUCCUAAUUCUUGCCCAAGAACCAUUGCAUUCAAUCCUAAAUACGCAUCUUUUGUCACAGCAGAUGAAAAUGUUGACUUUUAUGUAAUUGGAGAUCAAUAA